AUGUGCGACCAAUUUGUGGGCACCUGGAAGCUCCUUUCUAGCGAAAACUUUGAGGACUAUAUGAAAGAACUGGGUGUGGGGUUUGCUACCAGGAAGAUGGCUGGUGUGGCUAAGCCUAAUGUAACUAUCAGCGUCAAUGGUGAUGUGAUAACCAUCAAAACAGAAAGUACCUUCAAAAAUACAGAGGUUUCUUUCAAGCUGGGUGAAGAGUUUGAUGAGACCACAGCAGAUGACAGAAAAACAAAGAAUGUCAUAACUCUAGACAACGGUGUGCUGAACCAGGUGCAGAAGUGGGAUGGAAAGGAGACUAUCAUAAAAAGAAAAGUGGUGGAUGGGAACCUGGUGGUGGAAUGCACCAUGAAUAAUGUUUCCUGCAAAAGAACUUAUGAAAAAGCAUGAAGAAGCCACCUUCACACAGGACUAAUGCUUAAAGCUGGAGUAAAACAAC